AUGUUGGAGGGUAAGGCGAUGGUGGAGGACACAGACAUGCCGAUCAAGAUGCAGGUGCAGGCCAUGUCGGCGGCGUCGUACGCGCUGGACCUCUUCGACGUCUCCGACUGCAAGAGCAUCGCCGCUCACAUCAAAAAGGUUCACUCCGAUCCCUCCUCCGUGCCCCCUUGCCGGUGGCGCCGCCGCCUUCGUCCUCCCAGAUCGAGAGGGAGAGAUGUUCCGGCCUGCCGUCGUCUGCCCUAAGUAAGGCGUUGCCCCCUUCCUGGUUGAUCUGAGCAGGAAUUCGACAAGAUAUACGGGCCGGGUUGGCAGUGCGUCGUGGGCUCCAACUUCGGCUGCUUCUUCACCCACACCAAGGGGACCUUCAUCUAUUUUCGCCUGGAGACCCUCAACUUCCUCAUCUUCAAAGGCGCCGCCGCUUGA